AUGAACAUCGUGCUGGAGUUCUUCCUCGUCACUUUCAAGGUCCUGUGGGCCUUCGUGCUGGCCGGGGCCAAGUGGCUGGUCCGCCCCAAGGAGAAGAGUGUGGCCGGCCAGGUGUGUCUCAUCACCGGGGCGGGCAGCGGCUUAGGACGGCUCUUCGCUCUGGAGUUCGCCCGCCGCCGGGCUCAGCUCGUCCUCUGGGACAUCAACCCCGACAGCAACGAGGAGACCGCCGGCAUGGUGAGACACAUCUACCGGGAGAUCCAGGCCGACGACGCCCUGAGGGUGAUGGGAAAUCCUGUUGAGGAAGAGGUGCUGCCGAGCUCCAAUCUCCAGGUUUAUACGUACACUUGUGAUGUAGGGAAGCGAGAGAGCGUCUACACGACGGCCGAAAAGGUGCGACGGGAAGUAGGCGAUGUCUUUCUGCUGCUCAAUAACGCUGGUGUGGUCUCGGGACACCAUCUCCUCGAGUGCCCGGAUGAACUAAUUGAACGGACUAUGAUGGUUAAUUGCCAUGCGCACUUUUGGGUAAGAUUCCCAAUGAAAUCUUUGUAUGGGUGUUUUAUUUAUUUUAGUAUUCUAGUAACAUGUUUGUAUACAGAUUUAACCACUUUUACUGUACUUGUUUGUUCCAAGAGCCAUCAAAAUUUGGAAUCAUCACUCCAAACUCUAAUCUUCUUCUUUUAG